AUGAUGGCAACAGAUCAUUUACCUUCGGAAACCGAUGGCGACAUCGAAUUAACGACACCGAAAAAAGCUAAACGCGGAAAGCGCUAUAAUGAAGCAUCGAAUAUCAACGGUGUCAUCGAAAAUGGUCACGAUUCAGCGAUAGAAUCGACUUCAUCUCGUAAGCCGAAACAAUUCGAAACGAGAAGAGUCGACGAAUCUACAUUAGAGCCUUCAACACGUUCAGAGCCAACUGAUGAAGCGCCUAACAGAAACAGCACACGAUCAAAUCAACAAUUAACUCCAUUACAGAGCUAUCAAUCUAAUCCACUAAAUUUUCAACAAGUCGAAUUGACCACAGUCACUGAUGACGAAGAACCAACGGAAAGACGAAGUAAUAUUCAACCUCGAAAUCGAAAUGUCACGGAUCAUGAUACAAUGGUAUCAUCGUAUACAACCAAUGAUGACAAUGACGUGAUUGAAAUUCACGAAUUUAGUUUAGCUGAUGCUGAUGCUUAUAUCGAUAUCUAUUUCGAUACGCUCAAUAAUCGCUUAAGACAUUUUAUCGGUACAGAUGAUCAACUUCAACAAUUUCGUUUAGCACUGAAAAAUCGAAUCAAUUCCGAGACGAACUCACGUGAAUAUCAAAAUGCAUUACUUGGAAAAAUGAAUGGCGAUGUUGUUGCAGCUGUAAUGUUAUCGUUUCCGAGUGAACCAACAACUGUUUUGAAUGACAAUAUUCUUCCGCAACCAAACUCAUGUGUAACAUCACUACGUCGUUGGAUGGUACGGAAUGCCAAUUACACUCCAACGAAUAUGGACGAAUGUUAUAUCGAAAUGAUCGGUGUUCGAAGUGCGUUUCGAAAUCACGGCAUCGGCGCGGCCAUGCUCGAGUGUGUAGAACACUUUGCACGACAAGCUGGUGCACGAUUGUUAACCGUACACGUCAACAGCGAACAAUUGAGAGGCUAUUUUCAACGCUUCAAUUUUCAAGUUGAUCAUUCGGAUAAUUCAGCUUUUUGGAAAUGGGUUGUCGAAAGAGAAAGCAUUCUGAAAAUGUCCAAGCCAAUCUCACCAGAUGAAGAAGGCGCUGGUAAUCAGCUGGAUGAUGAUAGCAAUUAUCUUGCGGAAAGUACAAUUGGAAGUUAA